AUGCGUACUUCGACUAUCAUUCAACUAGCUGCCCUUACCGGCUUGAGCAGUGCUCAAUCCUACUCGUUGUACGAUGAUUACCCAACUGGGUUGGACUUUUUCUCCAAGUUCACCUUUUUUACCGAUUCCGAUCCUACUAAUGGCUAUGUUGAUUAUGUCGACGAGAGUACAGCCGAAAGUGCCGGCUUGAUCUAUGCGAGCGGCAAUGCUACCUAUAUUGGAGUCGAUUCCUCAAAUGUCGCAUCUGGCAGUGGUCGUAAUAGCGUUCGCCUGACUAGUACCGCUUCUUACACCCAUGGCUUGUUCGUUCUUGACCUGGCUCAUAUGCCAGGUUCCGUCUGUGGCUCUUGGCCUGCUUUCUGGACAGUUGGAGGCGACUGGCCAAACAACGGCGAAAUCGACAUCAUCGAAGGAGUCAAUCAGCAGAGCAACAAUGCCAUGACUCUGCACACGAGCGAGGGCUGCACUAUCAACGAUUCCGGCUUUACUGGUUCUCUAUCGACAAGCAAUUGCUGGACCCAGGCCCCGGGCCAAAGCAACAACGCCGGAUGCGGUAUUGAUGCGACUUCUUCUGCCACCUACGGAGAUGGGUUCAACAGCGCCGGUGGCGGCAUCUACGCCAUGGAAUGGACGAGCAACUACAUUCAAGUCUUUGAAUUCACCCACGACAGUGCUCCUUCUGAUCUGACUUCCGGAUCUCCUGACCCAAGUACCUGGGGCGAACCUGCAGCUUACUUUGCGGGUGACUGCGACAUUGACUCUCACUUCACUGCCAACCAGAUUGUCUUUGAUAUCACUUUCUGCGGUGACUGGGCUGGCAAUGUCUGGAGCACAAGUACUUGCUCCAGCUUGGCAAGCACUUGCAAUGACUACGUCCAGAACAACCCUUCUGCCUUUACCGAUACUUAUUGGCUCAUCAACUCCCUCAAGGUCUACUCAAGCUAG